AUGUUGGCCUCCGCGCGCGUAGCGUCCGCCCACGCGCUGUCCGUGGCGUGCAGAUUACCCACCCAGAAGAGGCAUCAUGCGCAUUCCCACGUGUCGCUGCUACAAGGUCGCAAGAACCAUGUAGCGAGACAUAUCUGCCACGCCAGCCACCCCAACAAGACCGAGACCACCACCUCCACUACCACCAUCACAGCAGCCGCAUCAAUAGCAGCAGCAGGUGGCGGUCUGUGGGCACUCCUCGCAGCGCUCCCCAUCCCUGCCGCCCUGGCGGAGACUGCAGCGGAUGCAGACGCGGUGGCGGCAGCGGCGGCGGCGUUGGCGGACGCGUGCUCGCAGGAGCUGGGCGGAGCGGACCUGAACACGGUGAUCGCCGUGGCGUGCGUCGUGCAGCUCAUCGCGCUCAUCGGCGCGGGCGUCGGAGGGUGGGUGGCACGAGUGCGCAAGGCGGAGGUAGAGCGAAUCAACGCGCAGCUGAGGCAGAUCAACAUCAGCCUGCGCAAGCAGGCGCGCGUGGAGUCCUACGCGCCCUCCCUCUCCUACGCCCCCGUCGGCCAGCCCGCCGCCGCCGCCGCUGCUGUGGCUGCUGUGAGCGCGCCACCAGAGGCAGUAAAGAAGGAGGGGGGGACGGUGAUUUCAGAGGAGAAGCAGGGGGUGCUGCGGCUGCUGAAGGAGGGGAAGAGGUACCUGCGCGAGGGGAACAACGCGGCGGCGUUUGUGCAGUUUGAGAAGGGGCUGCAGCAGGCGCUGCGCAUGGGGGAUUGCUUGGAGGAGAAGAAGGCGGCCCGUGGCUGUGGCGCUGCGCAUGGGGGAUUGCUUGGAGGAGAAGAAGGCGGCCCGUGGCUGUGCCUGCCACAGGCGCUGCGCAUGGGGGAUUGCUUGGAGGAGAAGAAGGCGGCCCGUGGCUGUGGUUUCCACCCACUGUGGGCUGGGGCAUCGCUGCAGCGGCAAGGCAAGUAUCGGGAGGCAAUAGCAUACCACCAGAGGGUGCUGGACAAGUCAUGCAGCUCAGGCGAGCAUGCGGGGGACACAGAGGCCCAUGGCACGCACACGUGCUCUCCUUUUCUUGACUUCCCACCACCAUCUCUCACCCUUUCCCCAUUCUCUCCCUCCUGCUUGCCUCCGUCUCCCAUUCGAUCCCCCCCUUUGAUUCCCCCGCUUGUUCCCUUUCUGCUUCUCCAUUUCUCAGGAGCAUCCCUGCAGCGGCAGGGCAAGUACCGGGAGGCGAUAGCGUACCACCAGAGGGUGCUGGACAAGUCGUGCAGCUCAGGCGAGCAUGCGCAGGGGACACAGAGGCCUAUGGCACAGGCACAUGCUCUCCUUUUCUUGACUUCCCACCACCAUCUCUCACCCUCUCCCACUCUCUCCCUCUCAUGUUUCUUCUUGCCUCGCUCUCCUUCUAUUGUCCCCCUUGUUUCCUGUCCUCCCCGCCAUUCCCCAGGCGCAUCACUGCAGCGGCAGGGCAAGUACCGGGAGGCAAUAGCGUACCACCAGAGGGUGCUGGACAAGUCGUGCAGCUCAGGCGAGCAUGCAGGCGACACAGAGGCGUAUGGCGCCAUUGCUGACUGCUACACUGAGAUUGGGGACCUUGAGAACGCCGCUAAGUACUAUGACCGGUACAUUUCCCGCAUGGAGUCUGACGAUGAGGACCAUUAG